AUGACGGAUGCAGGGGAUGAAAGCAAUGAGAAUGAAACCAGUAGGAAGAGUAAAUUAAGAAGGAAAAGGAAGAAAGUUAUGAAGUCACAUAAUUUUUCAACUGAAGUAGGAUAAAUGGACAUGUCCAACUUAAUGAAGCACAUUAAACAAGAGAUGGCCAAAAAUCACCUUCAUUAUGUGAGAUUUGAAGAUACAGACUUCCCUGGUGUGUCCAGAUCUAAGAGUAUCCCUGCAUAUUUCUUCCAAGAGAUGAUCAAUGGUGUUUACAUGCCCCAAGGUUAUCUUGAAUUGAUACCGAAUCCUAAGAACAGUGAAGUGGAUCACAUAAGAGCAAUAGGUUUUAAUAGUGACCUAGCCCUAAUGCCAGAGUUAUCAACCAUUAGAGUUUUGCCAUGGGCUGAGAGAAUUGCAAGAGUGAUUUGUGACACAUUCAUCGUGGCUGAAGAGCUUCUAUUGACUUCCCCAAGGUGCAUUGCAGGCAGACUGCUGCGUCAGCAGCAGGAUUCUGGCUUUGCCCUGCUCUCUGCCUUCAUCUAUGAUUUUUGUGUUUUUGUGUGUCUGAUUAUCAAUUCAAAGACCAUAUAUUUUCCUGCAUCACCAUUACUAAAUAAUCAGGACCAGCGCUUCCUUCAGGAACUUGUUGAUGGCUUAUUUCACACUGGAGCCAAAGUUGAGAGCUUUUCGUCCUUUACCAGACACAGUGAGAUGGAAAUCUGUUUUCUGCCGUCUGGCAUCCGUUCAGCUGAUAAUACAUUUACCCUCUGAACAGGUGUCAAAGAAAUGGCAAAGAAAUAUAUAUAUAAUCACAUUAUCAAAUUUUUCAUUGUGACCUAGUCCUGCAAUUCAGGAAUUUUGUCUCAUAGUCUCUAGGCUGUUGAAAGAAAGAAAAACUUGCUCUGAGGAAGUUUUGGAAUCAAGGAGCUCACAAUCACUGGGAAAAAAUGAUUGGUAGAACCCUGGAAACACUCCAUUGCUCUCAGCUGCCUGGUGGCUCUUGCUGUUAGCUGCCAAAAGUGCUAAUCCAAGGAGAGUAAAGUGAAGGAGAGUGUGCCUCCAACAUGGGGAUUUAGCAGUAAUGGCUGUCCUUUUAACAUCAAGUGUCGAACUUGUCAUGGUGCAAAAUGUGCCCAGAUAGAAAAUAAAAUGGGCUUAGCCACAGCAUAUCCUUACCUGGUGCUGCUGCAACUGUUACUAUAAGCUGGCAGCAAUGGUGUCUUGGUUGGUCCAGAUGACAAUAGUGCUUAUCACUCAAAGCCUUUCCAGAUCCCUUUGCAACUGGAAGAUGCCCUUGUGGCACUGGGAGAUCAAUGUCUGAGCCAGGCUCUCAGAGAAACUUUUAUUUGAUGUUUUGUUGCCAUGAAGAAAUAUGAGCUGGAAAAUGAAGAAUCAGAUGAUGAGAAAAAUAAGUUCUUAGAGUAUUUUAUUUAG